GGCUAUUAAUUCAAAUGGGUGGACCAAAAUGCACCGCACUUUAGAAAUGACCCAAUAAAUCAAGUGCAUUAUUUCUUAACACUUCUCUGCUAAGUUUGCCCACGCAAAUCACCUCUCCCAGUAGAGAACAUAAAGCACUAAUGUGCAUGUCCACGCAAACACCUUUCCUCCAGUACUGCAGUGCACUGAGCGUGCUAUAAAUCACCUUAUAUUAUCAUAGCGCUCUUGGAGUCUCCGCCCCUUCGUGCUCACGAUUGGUCGAAUCUCCUUCUUGGUGCCCGGCCCACUUCCUCGACGCUCGCUGAUUGGUGGAGGAGGUUCUCCUUGAGCUGUCAAUCAGACGCUUCUUUCGUGCUCCGCUCUGAUGCGAUGCACAGUGAUUCUGAUUCACUGAGCACACAACAUCCCACUAAACCAUCUCAACUGUCGCUUUUCUCUUUUUCAGUGGAUGCCCUUGUAUUAAAGGAAAAAAUCUGAGGAGGUUAUACACAAUAUUUUUUGGGUGCAAGGAUUUAUUUAUACAUUCUCUGGCACUCCAAACGCCAACAGAUUGUGUUUGGUCUCCUUGCGAAGGGUCACUUGGGAAAAUCGACCUGUCUUGUGGCACUCCUGAUACACUUGGAAGAUUUGUAGACUGCGGACGUUUCGUGAAAUUGGACACACGGACGGACAGCUGCGGUUUAUGCGUGUUCCCGUUCACAGAAGAUAAAAAAGGGACUGUUGCUGCAAGAACUGAGAGAGAAAUAACAAUCAACUCCAAACAUGAGCUGCGCAAUGUUGCGACACGCGCUCGCUUUGCUCUUGGCGUUGCUGUGGAAAGGGCCCAGCAGUGCUCAGGCGGCCGAGUUCGGACACUUGCCCGACAACAUUACCGUGCUGGAAGGAGAAAGCGUGGUUUUGAGAUGCAAGAUAGACGAGGAGGUCACUCACAAGGCGUGGUUGAACCGCUCCAACAUCUUAUUUACGGGCACAGAUAAGUGGUCCCUGGACUCCCGUGUGUCUCUGGUGAACAACAACAACAGCGACUUCUCCAUUAAGAUUGAGCGAGUGAUGGUGGCAGACGAGGGACCCUACACAUGCAGCUUCCAGGCCAGAAACCAGCCCCGUACGGCCCACGUCUACCUCAUCGUCCAGGUGCCAGCCCGGAUAGUGAACAUCUCGCAGGAUACAUCAGUGAACGAAGGCGAUGACGUCAAUCUUUUCUGCCUGGCGGUGGGCAGACCAGAGCCGACUAUCACCUGGAAGGACUUCAAGUACGAUCUCAUGAAUGAAGGCGAGUUUCUGGAAAUCACAGAAAUCAAGCGGCAUCAAGCGGAGGAAUUUGAAUGCAUCACCAACAACGGCGUGGCGCCACCAGACACACGCCGCGUCAAGGUCACGGUCAACUAUCCACCAGUAAUCACAGAAGUAAAGAACAUGCCCGCCCAGCUGGGAAAAACUGCAAUCUUGCGCUGUGAAGCUAUGGCGGUGCCCACCGCGUCCUUCGAAUGGUACCGGGAUGACCGAAUGCCGGUAGAGAGCGAUAACACGCUGAAGAUUAAAAACGAGAAAACACGUUCCCUGCUGCUCUUCACCAACGUGACAGAAAAACAUUUUGGCAACUACACCUGUUUCGCCUCCAACCGCCUCGGGGCUUCCAAUGCCAGCAUGUUACUCUUCAGGCCCGGGGCCGUGUACGGCGGAGCGGUGUCUCUGAACGGCCGUUUAUCAGGAGUUGGCCUGUGGUUCUGCCUCUCCAUCUCUGUUCUGAUGAAGGUCUAAAACUUUCCCGCUUCGGAAAGAGUCUUUAAAUACGAACCCAUCACUGUGAACAAAAAGAAAUUAUGCAUUAAUCCAGGAGCCAUCGCUACAUCACUCGGUCAUGCCUUCCCCUUCCCAUUCACGCCCGGUCGCAUAUCACCGCUUCACUCCUCCUUCCCGUCACCAAACGAUGGUCACCUUUUAUCGUCCAAACCUGAAAUGUGAUGCUAAUGAUCACGACAAGUGUAAUGCCAGUUGGAUGUCUCUUGAUGUGCGUGCUGGACAUGCUGGUGGUAAAGUGACGUGUCGACGAUGACGGAUGCGAUGUCCGGGUGACCCUGUCGAAGCUGUCCACCAGCGACCCGACGCAGAGAUCUGAGCUGAACGCUGGUGUAUUCUGACGUGCGUAGCUACUACGAAUUAUGUCAAACCAUGUUUUCUUUCUAGCGAGGAGGGCUGUGUCAUCUCGGCCCCUCGUUUGCAUUCGUUUGUGCUCUCGACCCAAAGCAAACGUCUUGACCUGCGUCCAGCCCUCAUAUUGUCCUCAGUCUGUCCAUCACUCAGAUCGUCGGUCCUUCACACUCAGUGUAAAUAUAUAUGCAGUAGAGGCCCUUCAUUCCAGCGGCAAAAACUACAUUUCCCAUCAGCCUCUCUGUUUCAGCCUUUCGGCUCGGAGGAUAUUGCUGCCUUUAAGUCACGAUGGAAUGAUCGUAUUUACGAGAUUUACAACCGAAAUGUCAUUAUUAGCAGAGAAUCAUUGGUAUUGAUCGUAAGACGUUUAGUUUGUACAUAUUUAGUGUUGUUUACUUGUGUUUAAUGGACAGUUAAAAAAGAGAAGUGCUUUAAAUUACUUUUUACAUUUGUUGCAAAGUAUAAAAAAAUAGAUGUAGUGUUGGAGAUUAAAGUAUUUGGACACCUUUUGGUUGUCAAAUGUCGGUUAAUAAAAUAAACUAUAGCUGUAGAUGUCACUCAUCUGCUAAAACUCUUUUUAGAUUGCAAACGUAAUUUAGAAAAGUCAGAAAUAGUGCAACUAUUUGAAUGCAUCAUUGCAACUCAUUAGAAAGACUACAACUUUUCAUAAUUAUUUAAAUGCAUCAUUGCAACUCAUAAGAAAGACUACAACUUUUCAUAAUUAUUUAAAUGCAUCAUUGCAACUCAUAAGAAAGACUACAACUUUUCAUAAUUAUUUAAAUGCAUCAUUGCAACUCAUAAGAAAGACUACAACUUUUCAUAAUUAUUUAAAUGCAUCAUUGCAACUCAUAAGAAAGACUACAACUUUUCAUAAUUAUUUAAAUGCAUCAUUGCAACUCAUAAGAAAGACUACAACUUUUCAUAAUUAUUUAAAUGCAUCAUUGCAACUCAUAAGAAAGACUACAACUUUUCAUAAUUAUUUGAAUGCAUCAUUGCAACUCAUAAGAAAGACUACAACUUUUCAUAAUUAUUUAAAUGCAUCAUUGCAACUCAUAAGAAAAACUACAACUUUUCAUAAUUAUUUAAAUGCAUCAUUGCAACUCAUAAGAAAGACUACAACUUUUCAUAAUUAUUUAAAUGCAUCAUUGCAACUCAUAAACAAGAGUGCAACGUUUCAGUAUUUUUUAACUCAUCACUGAAAUUCACAAGAGCGCAACUUUUCCAAAUUACUUUAUUGCAUAGUUGCAACUCAUUAGUCAUCAACUCAUUAGUUAGAGUGCAACUUCUCAGAAUUAUUUGAAUGCACCAUUGCAACUCUUAAGGGUGCAACUAUUCAUAAUUAUUUAAAUGCAACUUUCCUACUCAUAAGAGUGCAUAUUUUCAGUAUUAUUUCAAUGCAUCAUUGUAGCUCAGAAGUAAGAGUGCAAUUUUUCAUAAUUAUUUAAAUGCAUCAUUGUAGCUCAGAAGUAAGAGUGCAAUUUUUCAUAAUUAUUUAAAUGCAUCACUGCAACUCAUAAAAGUGCAACUUUUCAGAAUUAUUCAAAAGCGUCAUUGCAACUCGUAAGUAGGAACUUUCCACAAAGACUUGAAGGCAGCAGAAGUUUCUGGCGUCUCCUGGCCUGAAACGGUUCAUUGACUUCUUGUUGCUUGUGGAUAGCAUGUACUGGUUAGAAAUGUCCCUCUUGUGACCUCACUUCCUGCACCGACCCCGUUUUAACCCCCUGCACUGUGUACAUUUUAAUCUGCAAGGUUAACUGCUAUUACUUUUUUGGUGUUAAUAAUGAUUAUAAUGAUGAUGACAAUGUUAAUAAGUAUUUGAAUAAAUAUGAUAGUAAUUCCAUGUGAGAAAAAAAAAAAAAAAAAACGUUAGAGCUGAUCGCAAGCCAUGUGUGUGAAAAUAUUUUGUACUAAAAAUCACUGAAUUCAUCGAACGGCAAAAAGAAAAAAAAAAAACUUUUUGAAGUAUCGUGCUCUGUUUUACCAUGAUUAACUUUUUUAAAACGGAAGUAAUUUCGACUCGUCUGUAAAAGAAAGCAAUCAGUGAAAUGUGUGGGCGCUUACACGCUAGACAGAUCUGUUUUGAGCAUGUGAAAAUGGCCAUAGAAACAAACUGAACAAAUAUACACACUACUAAGUGCAGUGUUGCUUUUCAAAACCAUUGUCUUUGUCAUGCACCAUCCCCAUUGAGCUCAGUGCAUUUGCAUUGUAAACUCUAGCGUGUAGGCGUCCUAAUAUCAUUUCAAAUGUGUACUGUAUUUUUUUUCCAUGCUGGUGAUGACUGUAUUGUAUGAUAUAUUCUGCAGUGAUGAUAUAAUGCUCAUGUCUGCCUCGAUGACAUAACCAAAACCCUCAGUAUCCUCCGGUUGCGUACGGUUAUGUUAGUGUGGAUCUGCAUUCCAUUCAGAGACGAUUGUUGGAUAUUCCUGUGAUAUUGAGUUGCAACAAAAAUGCAUGCAUUCACUGCAUGCAUUAUGUUUGGAAAAUGACAUACGAAGAAAGAAAUGGCAAUUUACAAUCUUUUCGCAACCAAAUUGCGAUAUUAUGCAAUACUAGCAUUAGUUUUAUAGGUGUGCGGCUAACAGACAACAGCAUUCAGUGCGUUUUAUACAUAUUUUCGAAACAUUUUAUACAGAGCCCUGCUCAUUACAUGCAGAACAAACACAUAUAUCAUGGCCAUAUUUUUUAGUAAAUUAGUAAAAUCUCACUAAUCCUUUCUGUCAUUUUAAUAAAACAUGCGCAUGUCGUAGCCUACUAAUACAUUUUCUUUCAAUUUACUUAAUCGUGGCUACAUCGUACAAAUUCGUUCCCUCGUUUUAGUUAAUCCUGGCUACGUCGUACUAAUUAAUUUCCUAGCUUUAGUAAAUCAUGGCCACAUCUUGCCAAUUUGUUUCAUUUUUUUGUAAAUUGUUGACACAUUGUAUUAAUUUGUUCAUUCAUUUUAGGAAAUCAUGGCAAAGUCAUCUAAUUCGUUCCCUCGUUUUAGUUAACCGUGGCUACGUCGUACUAAUUAAUUCCCUCGUUUUAGGAAAUCAUGACCAUGUUAUACUAAGUCAUUAUAUUGUUUAAUUAAAUAAAAACAAUGCAACAAAUUAGUAGUACAACACGAUUUACUACAACAUAAGUCGUGUGAACAAAUUCUUAAUUUGUCAACAAUGGGACGCAUUUUUAAUUCGUUGUCCGUGUAAUAUGAUAAUUUUGUCCAUGGGAUUUUUUCAUCACAGUGCAUUUUAUUUAUCUUGUACAUCUGUGUCUGAAUUUCUGGAAAAUCCAACCAUCUGAGCUGAAUGGAGCGCAGUAGGCUGCUAGCUUCCAAGCGUCCAGUUCAGAAUCAGAUUAGCGGGAGACAAAGAUGUAAUUAGCCAGCGACUGUGACUCCUAAGCAAGCGGAGCGUCAUAUUCUCUCCGUCCCCCAUCUGGUGAGCAGCAGAGCUCAUAAAUCAAGCUCAGGCGCUGACAGAAUCCUCUUCAAGGACAGCUGUGUCUUUGAGUCUUGAGGCCGAUGUGGAGUCCGGUCCCCUACAGACUAAUUAACCGCCACUUAAGAGCACACGGCGAAGAGGCUUUGACGGAAAGCAGCGGAGCGCGACUCAAGCCGUUCACAAUGAUGACCCUGCAUGAGCGCUGACCGUACAGUUUGCAAUGUUAAUGCUGUAUAUACUCUAAUACGAUAAUGUUCUCCCUGAAUAUGUGCUUCAUUAUUGCAUUCCAGUCAGCAAUAACCCCGGAAUAAAGCCCAAACCUAUUUAAAGUCCAAUUUAAAGUCUGAGGGCCACUAUGCUGUUAUUAAUGAAUGCAGAAGACCGUGCAUUUCGUACGCGGUGCACUGAUGAAAAAGACACUGCAUACUGCUUAGUUUAAGUGGGCUACAUAGUGGGUACAAAAAGUAUUUGGAUGCUUAAAUGACACUUAAAAAUAUCUGAUUGACUUUGCUUUAGAAGUGAUAAAA